UGGGGGCUGCUGGCGAGAGGCGGGGUCCCCCUCACUGACGAUGAGGGGAGCAGCGUGACUGAAGAGAACCGAGUCAGUGGUUCGGUGUAGGGAUCAUACAGUGAGCAAGAGAGAAAGCAGAUGACGCAUAUAUAGGAAUAUAUCAAUACAGCUGCAAGAAUAGGGUGACCGAUCUGGACCUGGGAAUAUUUCGUAUAUUACCACAAUUCCGCGACUUAAACAAUUAUUUUAACCGCGAUUUAAAAAUAAUACAGGUAUAUUUUUAUAAAGGAUACCUGAUUUUUUUUAACUAAGCAGCUUUCCGAGAGAAGGAUAUCAAUAUUUGGUGUUGUGUUAUUCUCACCUUAGACACGCAAAAGGUUUCACUUCCACAACAGGAAGUACAAGGCACAACAAGAUGGGACCCUUACAAGAUUAUAAGGAACAGCAGAAGGUGCAGGAGAAGGAGAACAGCCGUAGUCGCAUCCCCCGCCUUGUACUUCGUCCUUACCUGGGUAAACAGAACAAGGGAUCGUCGCCUGUCUCCGAGUCGCCUGUUUCUGAGGAAGACAACAAAGCCUUCGAGAGGAGCAGUUCAUCCCUGUCGCCACUGACCCCUAGUAGUAACAGUUUCUGCUCAGAUGAUACUGGUUGCCCCAGUAGCCAGUCAGCAUCUCCAGUUAAGAUCCCAUCUGACUCGGAAAGUAACCCAGUAGUGUUUUCUGCUAGUAAUGAAGAUAACUCUGAAAAGAAACAUAAUAGUGUGAAUUCCUCUGAUGGAACUGUGCCAAUCCAGCGCAAUAAGAAAGAACAAAAAGCAUGCCCAGUUCAACCAGGCAGUGAAGCUGAUUUUAGUUCGUCUAGCAGCACGGGCAGCAUCUCUGCACCAGAAGUCCACAUGUCAACAACUGGAAACAAAAGGUCUUCUCUGUCUCGGAGCCGUGGUUCCCAUGGAAGAAAUAGCUUUUCUAAGACUACAACCAUGUCAGUCUCUCCCCGUGAAAAGGACAUCCUCUCAGUGCUUUGCAAAAACCAAAUGAACCCUGUCAACAUCCAGGAUUCUUAUGCAGCUUCUUCUCUUAGCAGCAGCAGUAACUCCGGCUCUUACAAGGGAAGUGACACCAGUCCAACUCUGAGGCGUUCUGGUAAAUACAACUCCUGCAGUGAUAAUCAUGGUGUAAAACCUCCAAAUCCUGAACAGUACUUGACCCCAUUACAGCAGAAGGAAGUCACAAUUAGGCACUUAAAGACAAAGCUAAAGGAAACAGAGAACAGGCUUCAAGACCGUGAAGAAGAAAUUAAAGAAUUGAAAUGUCAGUUGGCACGUAUGCGAGAUGACUGGAUUGAGGAGGAGUGUCAUCGUGUUGAAGCACAGCUAGCCCUUAAGGAAGCAAGGAAAGAGAUAAAACAACUGAAGCAAGUCAUUGAAACUAUGAAGAACAGCUUGGCAGAAAAGGACAAAGGGAUUCAGAAAUAUUUUAUAGACAUAAAUAUCCAAAAUAAGAAACUGGAGUCUUUGUUGCACAGUAUGGAAAUGGCUCAAAAUGGUGCCUUAAGGGAUGAACCAUCUGUGGAGUACAUGUGUGGGUCACCAGGCAGGUCAUUGAUGCAAAGUACAGUCUAUUCAAAGGUAGCUGCUGACACAAAUUCUGGCGAGCAAGCAGUUGAAGAUCUUGCUGAUGGUAGACUUUUAAUCAGCGAUGAGAUGGCAAAUGGAGAUGAUUUGUUUGAUGAAAUUAUGUUGGACACUGCAAAUGACUUUAGUGACAUAUGUUAUCUAAAGCCAGCAGCUGCAUCAUCUAAGCUUGCUGUAAGCACAGUUGAUAAGUAUUUUACGGAAGAUUGCAAAGUGCUGUCCGUCCCUGCUGGUGUGAUUGAGCAGGCAAUUCAGACAGAUGUAAUCCCAUUCAGUCCUGACCUAGAAAAGCUUAUACUCCAGGUGCUUAAGUCACACAGCAGUCCAUGUGUGUCUGAAAUUCAGAGUGAGUGUUCAUCAAAGUCACAUACAAACAUCAUGGAUUUGACACCCAGUGAUCCCAACUCAGCUAUAUUAGUGUCCCAUCUAGGAUCCAGAUACUGUACAGAUGGUUCCAAAGGUUUGACAGAACGUGCAAUGAAAGAACUUGACUUUGCAAGUCCAUUUGAAGACAUGUAUGAGAGUGACUUCAACUCACUGUUAGUAGAAAGCACUGCUGAUACUGAAAAGGGAUAUUGGAGCAAUAGUUUCAUUACUGAUCUCCUGGCUUUAGCAGUUCCAGUUGUGCCCACAGUUGCGUGGUUGUUUGCUACUCAGAGAAGUGGGACAGAUCCAGUGUACAAUAUUGGCACUAUGUUACGUGGCUGCUGUUUAGUGGCUCUACAUUCUUUGCGCCGUAUACCUUCUACUGGGGUAUUUGGUCCCAAUUUCAAAAUGAAGGCUCCAUUCUGAAUUAUAGCAACCCAAAAGAGAAAAGUAAAUGUAUAUAGCACUUAAAAGCUAUUAAAGCUGAUGUUUAAAUGUUGUAUGCUGAGGUGUGUGUUUCAACACCUCUUCAUUCAAUGUAAUACUUCUGCAUUCAAUUUGCACUAUGAUUUUGUGAAUAUAUUUUCAUUGCAGAAUACAUUGCAGGGGUCAUACAUUCUAACAGGGAAAGCUGCAAAAUUUAAUUUUCCCAAGGUCUCUUAUUCCAAGACCCUGGUCUGUAUUUGUGUGUGUGUGCGUCCGUGUGUGUGUGUGUUGGGGGGGGGGGGGGGUCCAAAGGCAGUUUCUUCUUUUGAUCUUGUUACCUUCCCUGUGUUGCUCAGCAACAUUUUCCCCAUUUCCCUCCUCGUGUAUUCCCUGUGGUGCCAGCUGUCCCUUUGGCUUGUAAGCCACAAGACCGUUUGUCCUUGACCUUUGAUGGUAAUGGACAGAGUUACUUCUAUCUCUGACAUUUGAUAGUGAAGAACACCGUUAAUUCUGUCCCUAACCGUUGUUGGUAAUGGACACACUUACAUGGGGCACCUCUUUUACAAACUGACAGUGGAAUGUUUGCGGAUGCAACACUGCAAAUAAUCCUAAUUAUCCAACUCCACACCAUUACCCUAAGUCAGCUGACUUCUAACCAGGAGGUGGUGGUGGUGGUGUCUGAAGAAAAACAAAGUUUUAAAGGUAUAGUUUUAUUUUGUCAGAAUUUCGGCAUAGGACAAUGGAGCUCACUAGCAUUCGGACCUGACUGUUUACUACAAUGAAAACAUAGUUGUUGGCAAUGUGUGCUUGGAUGCAUGCCUGUGUGUGCCUGCCUCUCUCUAAUUUGGUGAUUGAGGUGAUGAUUGGAAAUAUAUUUGUUUUUUGUUUAAUCUGCUACUCAGGCAGGAAGGCUAAAAGGAAGUUAUAUUGGUCCGGUGCACGUUGUAUUAUUAACAGGGCCAGUUUGUUCAUGUUAGUGACCUCUGCAAUGAGAGACUGUUUAAUUCAUUGUUUUUGUGCUAGACUGACAAGUCUGCUUGACGAAACCAUAAAGAUUGUAAUUGGAAAAUAAGGAUUGGAUCACAAAGUAGUGAAGUAUAUAUAAACUUUCCAUUGAAGUUCAGUAAAAUAUGCAUACGUUCACUUCAUAAAGAAAUGUUACAGAAAGACUGCAGUGUAAAUUUGAAGGUUCCAGUGGUGUGGAUUAGUGCUGUGUUUUUCCAAAGAACAGUUUUGGCACUCGGAGGCAGUUGUUGUUUGUUUUCUUCUGUACAGUGCUUUGCUAAUCGUCAUUUUACAAGGCAGAGUCUGCUCCCUAAUUUGCAUUUUCAGUGUGUAGGAGCAUACUUUUAGCCAAAGUGCAUUUUAGUUUAAUGCCAUUUGCAGUUCAUCUUAGGACAUAUCUGGUCCUCUUAGUACUAGUAGGAAAGUGUUUUUGUAUUUCAUUCAUUCACCUGAAGCUGCACUUUAGGUCAAAAGGGUGCUUAUAAAAGUACAAGUGAUGAUUAUUACAGAAAAAAGAAGCCUGUAAUGGGAUUGAGAAUUAACUUUUGUCAGGUGCAGAUGAAAUUGUUUCUCUACCACCACUGCUUUCAUUAACAAAAAUGUGGAGUGUUUAGCUUUGUGCAGUGUUGUCAUGUAACUUUCUCACUUUUUUAAAUUUUGAAGUGAAAAACAUUAAAGCAUGUAAACCAUG